UGUUUGAUAGAGCUGGGCGUGGGCUGUGUACUCAUCUCCGCUGCUCCGCUCUCUCUGUGGAAGCACAUUGUUCUACGCGGGCUCAUCUUAGUGAGAACCAGUGAUUCUUUUUGCUGCCUGUUAGUUACUGAAAAAUAAUCAAACGAAGUGGGAAAUAAGGGGUAUUGAUACCCUGAAGAGACGCUGAGACAGACCUCAGGAACAUUUUGUUUCUUCAUCUGACUGUGGCAUCGGAAUUGAAUGAUUUCCUUCUUCCUCUGCGAAGGACGGAACGUUGCAUUUGUCGGUAAUUAGACCUCUGCUCGUUCAGUGUCGUGUUGUGUACGGCAGCAGCAAAGAUGACGGAGUAUAAGCUGGUGGUGGUGGGAGCUGGAGGUGUGGGCAAGAGCGCACUCACCAUCCAACUCAUCCAGAACCACUUUGUGGAUGAAUAUGACCCUACUAUAGAGGAUUCAUACCGGAAACAAGUGGUGAUUGAUGGGGAGACUUGCUUGCUGGACAUCCUGGACACUGCAGGUCAGGAGGAGUACAGCGCCAUGAGGGAUCAGUACAUGAGAACAGGAGAGGGCUUCCUCUGCGUUUUUGCGAUCAACAACACCAAGUCUUUUGAGGACAUUCACCAGUACAGAGAACAGAUCAAGCGUGUGAAGGACUCUGAUGAUGUACCCAUGGUGCUUGUGGGAAACAAAUGUGACCUCCCAGCACGCACAGUAGACACAAGGCAAGCCCAGGAGCUUGCUCGCUCCUACAGCAUCCCUUACAUUGAGACUUCAGCUAAAACACGACAAGGAGUGGAGGAUGCCUUCUACACACUGGUGAGGGAAAUAAGACAGCACAAGCUCAGGAAGCUGAACCCGCCUGAUGAGAGCGGUCCGGACUGUAUGAGCUGCAGAUGUGUGGUAUCGUGAUGCAGCUCUCCAUUAGAUGUUGCGGAGAAAUGCUACAGCGCGAAGUGGCAGCAUGAAAUCGAAAACCGAUGGAUAAAACAACUUAAAGAUGACACAUGAACUUUUUCUAAAGGACGAUGACUGAAAUGAAAGCUCCUGAGGAAACCAACAUGGCUGACUGAACCAUAGACUCUUAUGGAAAAGAGGAUUUUCGGACGGUUGCCUGAGUGGCUAGCUGAACUGGAUUGGUCCCGUCUCCUAAUUUCUUUCCCUUUUUUUUUUGGUCUGCAUCGACCUGUGAGCGACACCACUAACGACUUGGAACAGGCUGGGUUGUUUCACUUGCUAACUUAUUGUUUUCAGUCUCAACACUGGUUGCGAAGAGAGGGUGUUUUCUACGCCCUCCCUGUGGCCUUGAAGCCUAACCCCCUCUCCCUACAGAGCCUCUGGAAGUACUGGCUGACUUUCAUUUGGAAAGAUAACUGGAAAGAACGUUUACUUUUUAUUGUCACACUGCAUAAAUAAUGAACCUCCACCUUCUCACUUUACCUGUGCUGGGUUUCCUUAAGCAGGUCCUGUUGUACUGUUCUAUAGGGAAAAAAGCAUUUUUCUUACUAAUUAGCAUAAACUGUAAAGGAAAAGUGAGGAUUUUAUUGUGAUUUUUGAUUUAAAAGCCACUGAAAGAGGGCUUAUUUACAGCACCUGUUUUGAUGUUUUUCUUGUCCCCUCUUUGAAAUGGUAGAAGGUUCUUCUGGAAUAUUGAAAGAAGAUUACUGAAAUGGGUUAAUUUCAAGGAUGCAGCUGCAUUCACUAUUCACAAAUGUCUCAUUGUGAAAUGUUUUUGCUAAAUAGUAAUUGUGACGGCUAGUUUACGUACGUUCUGGUGCAAUAGGACUCCACCCUCCAAACUACUACAAGUGUUGGAAAUAAACCUUCUUUAACUACUUCUCUGUUUGGGUUUGGUUUCACAAGGAAAGUUGCGGUGCUUUAAAACAUGCAAGUUAAUUUUUUCACCUUUCAUUUCAGCAACCGUAGUGUUUACAGAUGUUACUUAUGGAUUAUUCCUGUUUUUAGACUGCAAGAUUAGCUUCUUAAAUCAAAAAGGCUCAGGAACCAAGGUCCAGGAAGGGUUCAUCUAACUUUUACUGGCAGCCAAAGUAAGGUGUGUCAGACGUUGGUGUUGCAGACUGCUGUAGCGCACAAGUUCUGCCUCGGAGUCGGACAUGUUUUUGUUUUUUUUUUACCACAAACACACGUUCUAUCCUCAAGUUUUCCUCCUUCUCUGCCACCUACAGCUCUUAAAGGAGCAACUUCAAGUCAGGUGUGUAUUGUAUGAAACCAUAUUUACUGUACAUGUGUCUAAUGUGUGCAACAGGUGAUGGAUGGUGAGUUAUAGGAGUGUGUUGCUCUGAUUUUUUUUAUUUUUCUUAAUGCUUCCGUAACCAAUUCAUUUGAUGCCUAAAUGAGACUGAUGUUUUUAUUUUGCUUUAUCUUUUAUCUAGUCUUUACCUCACAUUUAGCAGUAAGCUCUACCAGAGGUGAUUAACAGUGAUGUGUGCUGUUUGUUUGAUCUGAAAAUAUAUGAUUGUGUUUUCAGAAAAAUCACACAAAACACUACAGAUUUUUAUUUUGUGAUCUUCUAUAAUAGCAUCUUUCUGGAUUGGAUAUUUGCUGGUUAAAAUAUAGGACAUAAAUGUUAAACGUUAGUCCAGUAUAAAACAUGUUGCCAAAAUCAGAGUAAAAUGGAACAAGUGAAAAAUAUCACAUUCAACCGAAAUUUACUGCAUUUUUUUAAUCAUAUUCAGUAAUGUCUUAAACACUAGCACGUUCUGAAAUUUGCUUCAAUUGAGAAUUUUGGGCAUAUUUUCAGGUUUCAGUGAAAGAUUUCAAAUGUUACUUGGCUGCAUUUUUAUCAUGUCUGGCCUUAACUGAUUGUUGUACAGUCAAAACCAGAAAUAUUGACCAGUCUGGUUAUCAUGUGGAUUCUGGUGGUCAGUUUGUUUUUAAUUACUUGUUCAUUUCUCAUCCAGAGAAAGGACACAAACUGUGAAUGUGUUUAGGUCUUUUAGAUUUAGUUUGAAGGACACCUUGUGUUAAGAUUAUGGAAAUGAUGUAGGGGAUCAUCAUUGACCCCACUUUGGGCUGUGUUGUUUUAUUAGGGGGUAAAAACUGGAGUUUGUAACAUGUAGUUACAUUUGUGGUGAAAACCCUCUCCUCCCUAUUAGUAAUUCGUGAUAUAAACAUAGAAUCAUGCAAAUCUAUGCACACAAACCCCCAUAACAAACCUAUAAAAAAAUAGCAGCAUGUUGUUGCAAUACUCGGCCAGCAAAUCACCUACAUCAACCGGACUCUAAUAAACCUUGGCGAGCAUGACAGACUGGACCGUUGAGAUGGGAUGGGUGGUGGUUUGCACCAAGAUGUAAUGAGCUCAAAGGCUUGUUUCUCCCCUGGCAAACCGUGGAAUAGAGGCGUGAAAGAAUUUUGUGAAAAUGUCCCCUGUGUAGCUAUUUAAAAUGUAUUUACUCUUUAAGAAAUGUGGCAAAUGUAUUGCAGGACAAGAAUAAAGAUGUCAAGAUGAAUCUGA